AUGACCACGACGGUCGAAGUCGCGACAGUUCCGUCGUCCGAUACUCCAGGAACAUGCAUCUACCUGCACCAUGACAAGAGAUCGUACCUCUUCGGCCAGGUGGCUGAGGGCACACAGCGAGCCUUUGGGAGCCGAAAGAUUCACAUGGGGACCACCGAGCACGUCUUUCUUAGCGGCAGCAUAGGUUGGAACCAAAUGGGUGGUCUGUUGGGAUAUCUUCUCAGUGUUGGCGGCGCAGUCGAUGCGGCAAGGGAACAUGCUGCCACGGAAAACGUCAAGAGGAAAGAAAAAGGCCAGAAGCUGCUGAAAGCCGCCACUCACGAGGGCAUUGGUGUGCACGGGGGGGACAAUCUCUGCCACAUCUUGGCUGCCUGUCGACCAGUCAUCUUCCGACAACCCAUAUGCGUAAAGCCUCACGAAUUUCGGGACGAUCCUCGGGGCAUUGACCCAACCAACACAGAACCCGACUGGGUAGAUGACGCCCUCCGGGUGUGGAAAGUGCCCGCCAGGAGGGCCAGGUCAGCCAGUCCCCCGAAACGAUGCCACGGAGAAAUUUCAGACGAGGACGGACAUUCGCAGGACACAAACUCGAAAGGGCGAUCAGUGGUUUCCGAUCCAGAUGUGGCCUGUAUGGUUGUGGAGCGGAUCAUGUUUAGCGGCAGCCUCAACAACAGAUCAGUCCUGUUACCUCGAAAAGUUGGCGAUUUAAAGCCUGCAGACAAAGCUGUCGUCGUUCAGGGAAAGACCCUGAGAGCUUAUCGGGGGCCUUUUGCUUCCGAUGGCGCCGAGCUCCCAGAUUCAGACCACACUGCCUGGGUGUUUCCCGAGCCUGGGGACGCAGCUGGGGACGGGAAGAAUGAGGACGUCCUGGCCAUCAACCAUUUCCCCCUGCCAGAAACUGCCUACGGGGACACUUCAAUUUCCUACAUCGUCAAGUGCCAUGAUCGAAGGGGCAAAUUCAAUGCCGUUGUUGCAAGGGAGCUUGGCGUUGAGCCCCGAGACUUCAGGCUGCUUGCCGCAGGGCAGUCCGUCCAAGGCAAGGACGGCAAGGCGGUCACGCCCGAUAUGGUGCUUGGCGAGCGUCAGCCUGGAAAAGGCAUCAUCAUUGCAGACAUUUCGUCCCCGGACUUUCUCGAGUCUUUCAUGGAACGGCCAGAAUGGGAGUCUCCAGGGAUCAUGGAGCACAUGUGCGUCAUGUACUGGAUUCUGGGCAGCGGUUUGGCCUCUCACGCGCGAAUUCAAAAGUUCACCGAGAAGCACUCCCACAUGAGGCAUGUUUUCUGCGCACAAGAUACAUGUCCAAACAUGAUUACACAUCCCGGCGCCGCCGAAAUCCAGACCAAGCUGCACAGACUUGAUCCCGAACGGUUCCCUUUACCAAAGUUCGACAACACCAUCAAGCAUCCUGCUCCUCCCGCCGGGUCGCCCGUGGAGUUCGGUCGUGCGGGCAAGAAAUUCCAGCUCAUGCCUCGCCUUGCCUUUGACGACCAGGCAAUGGCCCCAUUCCCGGACCUGCUGGGCGCCGCGAAAUCGGUAGACGAAGAGCUGAUGGCCUUGGCCGAAGAAGCCAAGUCGGAGGCAACAGAAGCCGGCUUCCUAGCCCGAGUGGAAGAGACGGAAAGGGACAUGCCCAACCGAGACGCCGAAAUAAUCCCGUUGGGAACAGGCUCGUCCAUGCCCAGCAAACACCGCAACGUCUCCGCGACGCUGAUCCGAGUUCCCGGCAUAGGGAACUACCUCCUCGACUGCGGCGAAGGCACCCUCGGCCAGAUCCGCCGCGUCUUCGACGCCCAAGACACGGCCGACGUCCUCCGCAACCUCAAGUGCAUAGUCAUAAGCCACGUCCACGCCGACCACCACAUGGGGACGGCGUCCCUCAUCAAAGCCUGGUACGAGCAGUCCCUCCACGACGGCACCAACGCCACGCUCGCCGUCUGCUGCAUCGGCCGCUACCGCAGCAUGCUCGAGGAGCUGUCGCAGGUCGAGGACCUGGGCUUUCACCGCCUUCGCUUCCCCACCUGCCCCUUUCCGAACGGCAAGGACCGCGACAUGACCACGGCAGAGGACCUCGGCCAGGACAACUUUGGCCUCGCGUCCAUCAAGCGCAUCCCCGUGCCCCACUGCUGGCGCUCGUACGGCACGCAGCUCGAGUUGACGUCGGGCCUGCGCGUCGCAUACUCGGGCGACUGCAGGCCCUCGAGCGCCUUUGCCCGGGGCUGCAAGGGAGCCCACCUGCUCGUGCACGAGUGCACCUUCGGCGACGACAAGCAGGACCACGCCAAGGCCAAGAAGCACUCCACCAUGGCGGAGGCGCUGUCCGUAGCACGAGAGAUGGGCGCCCGGAGGACGCUGCUGACGCACUUCUCGCAGCGCUACUCCAAGGCGGACUCGCUGAGGCGGGACCGGACGCACGCCGAGGAGCACAACGUCCUGCUGGCGUUCGACCUGAUGAGGGUGAGGCUGGGGGACUUUCAAAAGGCGGCGUGCUACGUCCCCGCCGUGCAGAGGCUGAUGGAGAAGCUGGCGGACUAG